AUGUCUUGGUUUAAGAGAGAAGAAAAAGGACCAUUGGAAGAUAUGUUCCAACUCCACACUAUUAAUUCAUCACCAUGUUAUGUUCCUUUAGCCGACUAUAGAAUGGCUCUCAGUGCUCAAAAUAUGGAAUUUUCAGCUAAAUUAUUUAAAACAGGAUAUUAUUUUAGUUGUUUGAACAAGUAUUUUAAUAGAUUUGAUAUGUAUACAGCUUCGGAAAAGAGACAAGUUGCUAAUGAGCCUUGUUAUACGGAAUUUGAUGCUGUUCAUGAUAUGCUCCAACAAAAACAAGCAAGAGCAUUGGCUGCUGGUAUGCAAGCCUCUGGUAAGAGAAGAGCUCCUGUUGAUAAGCAAGCUGAAGCUGAUUUGAAAAAGAAAACUGAAGAAGAAACGGAAUUAUAUAAUAGAGUAAAUAAUAAGAAUGCUGAAUGUAUGCAAACUAGAGUUGUUAGACAUAUUAUUGAAGAAAAGAUUAAGAAUGCUACUAGUGGAAAACUCUUUGAUAAUUUACCAAGUGAUUGGAAGGGUAAAUUCAAUACAUUGGCAGCUAACUCGGCAAAUGCUGCUGAAUCUGAAGAGGAAAAGAAGAAAAUUUUGGAAGAUAAAUUAAAUCCAUGUCUCAAAUAUCAAGCUCAAGCAACAAUUGAACCAAAUAAUGUAAAUAUAACAAAGGAUACAUUUAAGGAAAUGGUAAAAACAUACAAAUACGAACAUUGUCAAUCAUCAUUAUUGUGUGCCAAGGCCAUGAAUUCAUGUUUGAAGAAAAUGGGAAGAGGAAAUCUCAAUAAUGCUCAAAAUCAACAUUUUGUGCAAUGUUUUAAUGAUAGAGAAGUUAUGGAUUGCAUUGCAAAGAUAUAAAAUCAUUUCACUUUCAAUUCAAUUAUAUUGUUGAAAUUAUAAUUUCAAAAUAUCAAAAACAAUUACAAUUUUUAGAGUUAUUGUAAAUUGGUAACUGCACUAUCCUC